ACAUUACUCCACGCAGCGGUGAGUUAGACGUCCCGUCAGCCCGGUGCGGUGUCUUUUAGCUGAGCAGUCCGUGUGGUCGAACCGUGGCUAAAGUUUAACGGCGGCUGUACGUGAGGUUUGCUGUCCACCGACGUCCAUUCACGUCUCUAACGUGACGCUUUGAAACAGCAGCUCGUCACACACAGACUGCUCCUGUGUCCGGUGGGUCGAAUAAAAAACCCCACGUACACCUCCUCUGGAUAAAUGACUCACACCUGCGCCAGAGAAUGGCAGACAAGAUCUUGGAUCGUGGGCCAUGGACAGGGUGUGCCGUCAUGUUUCUGCAGUCCCUCUGUCCUAGUGUGAACCUCCUCUCUCUCUUCAAAGACCAGCAGGAGGGAAAGUUCAACGUUUUUAAAGUCAUCAAGCUGACACUUACAGAUUCUGCAGGAGGUCUGGGUGGUUAUGAAAUACUUAAGGUCCAUGAUGCUGACCCCUUUCUGGGCGUGGAGGUGAAGUUCAUGGAUGUGUCAGCGUGUCAGCAGUUCCUCGAGAACUACAGCUCCGGAGCGGUGCGCCAAUCCCUCUCCCAACACGCCUGCCGGCUUCUUUCUCUUCCCCAGGAGUUCACAGUGGAAACCCAGCUCAAGGCCAGCACACACAUCCUGGAUCUCUACCUGGACAAGCUGGAACUUUGCCUACAACAAAUCCAUCAGUCUCAGCCGGAGCGGCUGCGUGAUGAGGAGAUUGAACAUUUGGAGCUGCUGCUGCAGCGUCAGGCCCUCCGUCCUGCCUCACUGUCGACCACCAUCACACAGGAAGAGUCUCCUGUGCCCAGCGACUGCUUCAAGUUUCAGAACAGAGUGUUUGAGGACCGAAUGCUGACAGCGGCAGAUGUUCAGAGCUUUUCUAACGGAGUAGGCCGUCAGUGGAAGCACGUAGGGAGGGCCCUGGGGAAGAACUGCCGGGCUCUGAAGGGUCCGGCCAUAGACAACCUGGCCUACGAGUACGAGAGAGAAGGGCUGUACGAGCAAGCCUAUCAGCUGCUCAGCCGCUUCAUCCAGGCGGAGGGGAGAGCGGCCAAGCUGAGCCGGCUGGUCAAAGCACUGGAGGACUGCAAACUCACCAGCCUGGCUGAAAAUAUUCUGGACAUACAGCCACGAGAGUAACUCUGUCUGUGUGUGUUUGUUCUGCGUGUACGAGUCGUGAAAACUGAGACGGACAGGUCCUCUCUACCUGAAGAGCGGUCCACUUUCUCCUGCCUGAUUUUUAUAUACAGUAUGUUUGUCCUUGAUUGACGUUUAAAAUCAUUCCUGGAUGUUUGUGUGUAUGUGUGUGUGACAGUGUGUGACAGUGUGUGAGUGUACAUGUUUCAGACAGGUUGUGUAAACUCAUGCUAACAUCUCUGUGAGAAUUGAUUCAUAUCUUGAUUUUCAAUUGUUAGUAUUAUUGAUUGUUGUUUUCAUUUAGAUGAAAUGACCUGUCAUCACUGUUAAAAAAAAUAUAUAUGCUUGAGUGAGGGUUUAAUGCACUGUUCAAACUUUUUUCAUCAUGUUUCUCUUUUAUUUCUCCUUUAUAAAUCCAUUUACAGAUCAGGGCCUGUGGGUCUUGUUGCUAAUGAGUGUACAACUGAAGGUUAUUGAUUUUUCUACAAAAUGGGUUCAUACAAAUUAAAUGGUUGUAAAAAAAAAAA